AUGCAGAAGAAAAGAAACAUGAGGUGUGCACUACUACUCAUGACUCAUCUCGCGCUACUACUUGUCUUGAUUCUUGCUUCAGAAAAUCUCACCGCUUCGAGAUCUUCUUGUCCAAGCCACUGUGGAAACAUCUUGAUACCAUAUCCUUUUGGGAUCGGAAAGGGUUGCUACCUCAACGAAUGGUUUGCAAUUCAAUGCAACAAUUCCACUUCUGGAGAGCUUGUCCCCUAUCUACCAAUUAUUAACAAAGAAGUUGUGAAAAUCUCUCUACCGGAUGCAAAUACUCUUUUCAAAACAACCGAGUCAUAUGGGUCACUACGCGUCAAAACCAACAUAACGUCCAUGGGAUGUUCCAACAGCAGCGAUGAAACAAAGUUUGGUGAGCCUUUGAAUUUUACUGGCACCUCGUUUACCAUUAGCCGUUUCAACACCUUCCAAGCUAUUGGCUGCAACUACAAGGCCACCUUGACACAUAUUGAACCCACAGUGGUGGGAUGCAUCUCAACUUGUGAACCAAGAAAGAUAGGAGAUCAUACAAGCUGCCGUGGUAACAAAUGCUGCCAAGUAGACCCACCUAGUGAGAUCGGGCAGGUGGUCGGUAUCAACAUGGAGGAAAUCUCUAGUAACGUAACAAGAAAGAGAGGGUGUCGAGUAGCCUUCUUAACUGACGAAACUCAAGACCCACUAGCGUACCGUGAGGCCAAAGUAACUGAUCCAAAAUGGUUUUAUGAUAGGCAAUAUGCUAUACUACAACUACGGUGGGCCAUUCCGAUGACUAAUCUCUCGUUUAUUAACUCCAUGGGAUGCAAAAUGGGCUACUCCAGCUCUAGCGUUAGUCCUUGCAUAUGCAUGAAUAAUACAAACAAUCAGAUCAGCAGCGUAGGUUGUGCAUGCCACAAGGGUUACACAGGCAACCCAUAUAUUUUGGGUGGAUGUAAAGAUAUUGAUGAGUGCCAACUCGACAAGGGUAAUUAUGAAAAUUGUAGGCAACAAGGAGGCACUUGUGUGAAUACUCAAGGAAGCUACCAGUGCGUAUUCAAGAAGUACAAGACUAUGCCAGUUACUAUGGGACUAUGUGUGGGUUUUGGUGUGCUGAUGAUGGUUUUCGCUGUAGCUUUUUUCUUAUGCAAAUUUAUCAAAAAGCAAAGGAAGGUCAUUGGCAAAAGAAAGUUGUUAAGACGUAAUGGAGGGUUAUUGUUGAAACAACAGUUGACUUCAACAGAAGGCAGCAUCGAGAAGACUAGAGUAUUCACCUCGAAAGAGCUAAAGAAAGCAACUGAAAACUUCAGUUCAACUAGGGUGCUUGGAAAAGGUGGCCAUGGUACCGUGUAUAAAGGAAUGCUUGUAGAUGGUAGAAUUGUCGCUGUGAAAAAAUCUAUCGUUGUGGAUCAAGACAAGGUGGGAGAGUUUAUUAACGAGGUUGUCAUCCUAUCGCAGAUUAAUCACAGAAACAUCGUGAAACUCAUUGGUUGUUGCCUUGAGACUGAAGUGCCUCUUCUAGUCUAUGAGUUUGUUUCUAAUGGUAAUGUUUUUGAGCAUCUGCAUGGUGAGAUUGAUGAGUCCGCAAUGACUACUUGGGAGAUGCGUUUGCGUAUUGUCAUAGAUAUUGCUCGAGCACUUUCAUACCUCCACUCAUCAGCCUCAUCUCCAAUUUUUCAUAGAGAUGUCAAAUCUACAAACAUAAUGUUGGAUGAAAAGUACCAAGUUAAAGUGUCUGACUUCGGCACUUCAAGAUGGGUGACUGAUGGUCAUACCCAUCUAACAACUGUAGUUUCAGGUACAGCUGGAUAUGUGGAUCCGGAGUACUUCCUGACUAGCCAAUUCACCAACAAAAGUGAUGUGUAUAGCUUUGGGGUGGUGCUAGUGGAACUCAUCACCGGAGAAAAGCCCAUAUCCUUUGUCCGGUUUCUAAAAAGCAGAACAUUGGCAGCUUAUUUCAUUCUUGCAAUGGAAGAGAAUCGUGUUGUCGACAUUAUUGACCCUCAAAUCAGGGAUGAUUGCAAGCUAGAGCAAGUCAUGGCGGCAGCACAACUUGCAAGGAGGUGUCUGAAUCUUACUGGAAAGGAUCGACCGAGCAUGAGAGAAGUCUCGAUGGAGUUAGAGAGAAUUCGAUCACCAACUAAAGAUCUACAGUCAAAUGUUUAUAUUGUCAAAAAUAAGGCAGAGGAAGCAGAUGUUGGUGUGGAAUCAUGCAACAAAGUGGAUGUUAGUGCUCCUGAGGAGUUUCAAUACAACGUUGAUACAACUUCAACGUUAGAUGCUGAGCCGUUAUUUCUUCGUCGAACAUGGUGACCAUCACAUUUUCGAUAUCACUGGAUGCUUUCGUGAUAUUAUUAAGUAUUGUAUAAUAUAUAUCAACUAGCGACUAUCACUCUAUAAAGUUCUAAUAAAAAAAGUUCCAAUGU